AUGGCAUCCUAUAUGAAGAACGUUGCAAUCAUUGGCGCUAGCGGUAGCAUCGGAAAGAUCAUUCUCGAUGGCCUUGUUGUAUCUUCCCAGUUCAAAAUUACUGUCAUCUCCCGCAAGGAGAGUGAGGCAACUUUCCCACCUGACGUGGCUGUUCUCAAGACCGACUACUCAGACAAAAGUCUUGAGGCUGCAUUCAAAGGCAAAGACGUCGUCAUUUCGGCGGUGGGUGCCACGGGAUUCGGAGAACAGAAGAAGUUUGUCGAUGCAGCCAUCCACGCAGGUGUCAAGCGUUUUAUCCCAUCUGAGUUCUCAGUCAACAGCCAGAACGAUGCUGUGUUACAAUUGCUGCCCUUGUUCAAACAGAAGAAGGAACUCAUCGAGUACCUCAAGAGUAAGGAGACCGAUGGGUUGUCCUGGACUGGUAUUGCUACUUCCGGCUUGUUUGACUGGGGUCUUGCAAAUGGAUUUUUGGAAUUUGACAUUGCCAGCCAUACGGCUACUAUCUGGGACGAGGGCAACAAGAGUUUCACCUUGACCAAUCAGAAGGCCCUCGGCGAGGCUGUUGCUUCUGUCCUGGUGCAUCCUGAUGAAACUAGAAAUCAGUUUCUAUUCGUCGCCUCGGUUGAAACCACUCAGAAGGACAUCCUUGUUGCUUUGGAGGAGGAGUCAGGGGUGAAAUGGACGGUGAAUAAGACUACCACCGACGUUCAAGUCACCGAGGCAGUCAAGAAACUUGCUGCUGGGGACUUUAGUGGUGCUUUUUCUCUGGUUCGAGCAACUGUCUAUGGCAACACUCCGGGUCUGCAUUCAAACUAUGCCAAAGAGGAGAAGCUGGGAAACGAUGUGUUGGGACUUCAAUUGGAAACCGUCAGCAAUGUCGUCAAGCAUGUGCUUAAUAAAUAG